AUGGCGGCGGCGUUAGUGUACGCAAAGGGCACGCGGGUCUGGCUUCCCGACUCAGCCGCAGGCUGGAUACCAGGAACUGUCACUGCCGUCUCCCUGCCAGCAGAUAGGGAGCCGUCUUCUGUCGCCACCAUUUCGGUGGCCGUCGACGGAGCACCUGCCGAUCAUGCCGGAGCUACUCAAGACAUCAAGUGCACUUUGGCGGCCCUCCAAGCAGCCUCAGAGCCCAACUCGAGUGUGCUCUCUGCCUCUCCCGCCAACUCUUCCCAAGACGUGCCGCCCCCCUUGCGCAAUCCUCCUCUACUCGAGAGUUCGGAAGACUUGGCCAGCUUGAGUAACCUCAACGAGCCCAGUGUGCUACAUGCCAUCGCGACCCGCUACGAAGCACAUCAGCCGUACACUUAUUCCGGUAUUGUUCUUGUUGCUCUCAAUCCAUUCAGUCCAGUUCCACUCUAUGGCAACGACAUUCUUCACGCAUACGCUGGAAAGAAGAAGGGCGAACUUGAACCUCAUCUGUUCGCUAUCGCUGAAGAGGCGCUGGACGACAUGCGCAGGGGAAGUGGGGGAGGCGGCGUGGACCCCACGGGUGCGGGUGACCAAACGAUUGUUGUCAGUGGAGAAAGCGGAGCGGGCAAGACAGUGUCCGCCAAAUACAUUCUCCGUUACUUUGCAUCGGUGUACAACCACUCGCGCAACGAGUCGAACGGUGAACGUCGCUGGACCGAUGGCGCAGGCAACGACGAGGAAGGGAUGAGUGAGAUCGAGCGACAGAUCCUUGCGAGCAAUCCAAUCAUGGAAGCGUUUGGCAACGCAAAGACUACCCGCAACGACAACAGUUCGCGUUUCGGAAAGUACAUUGAGGUGUUGUUUGACAAGGAGAACAGGAUCGUUGGAGCUCGCAUCCGGACUUACCUUCUGGAGCGAUCGCGUCUCGUUUAUCAACCGGAGACGGAACGCAACUACCACAUCUUUUAUCAACUGCUCUCUGGCGCCCCGUCAAAGGAGCGCAAGGACCUCUCCCUCCCCAUGGACCCCCAACAGUUUGCCUACCUUGCAGGAGGAGGUCCGUCGUCAUCAACCAUCCCUGGCGUCGACGACAGUAAAGAGUUCCGUGAUACUCAGGAGGCCCUCAGCACAGUCGGCAUCUCCGUCGAACGUCAGUGGAGCAUCUUCAAGGUUCUGGCCGCACUUCUUCACCUGGGCAAUGUCAACAUCACCCAAGCGCGGACCGACGCUGUUCUCUCCGAUGACGAUGAGUCGCUGAUUUUGGCUGCCAACCUUUUGGGAUUGCCAGUCACCGACUUCAAGAAGUGGACGAUCAAGAAGCAGCUCGCAACACGAACGGAGUCUGUCACAACCAAUCUGACUGCGGCUCAGGCUACUGUUGUGCGCGAUUCGGUUGCCAAGUUUAUCUACUCUUGUCUCUUUGACUGGCUCGUAAGCGUCAUCAACGAGAGUCUGGCCGGCGAGAAUGGGGCUGGUGCACAGAGGUCGAGCAAGUUCAUCGGUGUCUUGGAUAUCUAUGGCUUUGAGCACUUCAAGAAGAACUCGUUUGAGCAGUUCUGCAUCAACUGGGCGAACGAGAAGCUUCAGCAACAGUUCAAUGCUCACGUUUUCAAGCUUGAGCAGGAGGAGUAUAUGCGAGAGCAGAUCAAUUGGACUUUUAUCGACUUCACGGACAACCAAGCUUGCAUCGAUGUCAUCGAGGGCAAGAUGGGUGUCCUCGCGCUGCUUGACGAAGAGUCUCGUCUUCCAUCGGGGGCGGACGCGUCUUUUGCUAACAAGCUCCACCAGCAACUCGGCAAGCCAGUGUACAAGGGCGUCUUCAAAAAGCCUCGGUUCAAUCAGAAUGCCUUCACCAUCGCACACUAUGCUCAUGACGUAACGUACGAGGUGGAUGGCUUCCUGGAGAAGAAUCGCGACACUGUCCCUGACGAGCACCUCACACUCUUGCAGAACGCAUCCAACGACUUCCUCCGGGAGGCAGUCGAACGGUCUUUGGCCGUGGCGAGCACGGCAUCAACAGCUCCUGGCGCCAAGUCAGGAGCGAAGCGCAGUGGACCGGCCGCGCGGAAACCUUCUCUCGGCUCCAUUUUCAAGCACUCCCUCAUCAGCCUAAUGGACACGAUCAACAAUACCAACGUCCAUUACAUUCGCUGCAUCAAACCGAACGAGUCGAAGAGGGCGUGGACGUUCGAACCCCAGCAAGUGCUUUCUCAGCUGCGGGCCUGCGGUGUUCUGGAGACUAUUCGGAUCAGCUGUGCUGGUUAUCCCAGUCGUUGGACAUUUGCCGAAUUCGCCAAUCGAUACUACGUCCUCGUCAACUCGAAGGAGUGGGAAGGCAACUCGGAUGUCAAGGCGUUCUGCCAACUGCUACUGCAGCGGACGUUGCGCGAUGAAGACAAGUAUCAGAUCGGCCUCUCGAAGAUCUUCUUCCGCGCUGGCAUGGUCGCCCAACUCGAAGCCUUACGCACGGCCAGGCUGAACGCUCUCGUCACACUCGUCCAGAAGAACGUUCGCCGCCGCAUUGCGUACAAGCAAUACCAGGAUCUUCGAAAGAAGACGAUUGCCAUUCAAGCCUGGUGGCGUGGUGUCCUCGGUCGGCGACUUGCUGAGGAGACGCGGAAACACGCCGCUGCUGUGCUCAUUCAACGCGCGUCUCGGGCGUACAUGCAGCGCCGCUCUUACCAACAGACGAGGCAGGCGGUUGUUAUUAUUCAGUCCGCUGUGCGGGGCUAUCAAGCCCGCAAACGCUACCACGAAGGCCGCAUUGUGGCCGCGGCCGAGACCCUGCAAAGCCUGUUCCGUGGACGUGCGGCGAGAAAGCGGGCUGCAGAGGAGACGAAGCGUAUCAUUAUUCUCCAGACGCUCUGGCGCAGGAAGUUGGCUGUUCGUGAGCUCCACGCUUUGAGGGCGGAGGCCAAGUCUGCAUCCAAGCUCAAGGAGAUUUCCUAUCAGCUCGAGAACAAGGUCGUGGAGCUCACCAAGUCCUUGCAGAAGCGCACUGUCGAGAACAAGAGUCUCAACGUGCGCAUCGCAGACCUGGAGAAGGAACUUGCAGUCUGGCACUCCAAGCACGACGAGAGCCACAACCGCGCACUCGACCUGGAGGCGAAGCUUGCUUUACCCACAGUCCCACAGUCCAAGUUCAACGACAUGCUGGGCGCGAAGAACGAUGCCGAGUCUCGUCUGCGCGCCGCCAUGAAGCGUGUUACAGAGCAGGAGGAAGACGUCGCCCGCCUCACCAGUCAGCUGGAACGUGCAACGGCAGAGUUCCACGAGCGACAGGCAGCGAUCGACAGCGCAGUGGCGAGACACAACGAAGACGCGGCGACGAUGUCGGCUUUGCGGCAAGAGGUAGCGUCGUUGAAGGAGCAAAUCAGCCGUGCCAACGCACUUCACGCUCUUACGAAGGGGUCACGCGAACCUCCCACGUCUCCUACGUUUGACCGUGGUCUCCGUGACUUUGCCAACGGACUCCAUACUGCCGAGCGAGGAAACGGUUCAACACGCCGACGCCAGCGGCGGCACAGCACCACCGGGCACGGCUCGUCAGCCGUUGUCCAUUCUGAUGACGAUGGGUUCGACUUCAAGAAAUCGACUUCCAACAACCCUCGGGCGGUGUCCGUGAUGUAUCCGCAGGGUACGGCUCUUCGUGGCCGAGACUCCAAUGGCCUCCCGACGGUAAACGACUCGACGCCAGAUGAGGUCCUUCGUCUUCUUGAGGACGAGGAGGGGCUAGAUGAUGACGUGCUCCAUGGACUCAUUGCCAACCUCAAGAUCCCAGCAGCGAGCCUCCACAACCCGCCAUUGGCGAAGGAGGUAAUCUUCCCUGCGCACCUCAUCUCGCUUGUCUCCAACGAGAUGUGGAAGCUUGGAAUGAUCCCCGAGAGCGAGCGCUUCCUCGCCAACGUCAUGCAGAGCAUCCAGAGCUACGUCAUGCAAUUCAAGGGCGAGGACGUGAUAGUGCCAGGCAUUUUCUGGCUCUCCAAUGUCCAGGAAAUCCUUUCCUUUAUCUGCGUCGCCGAGUCGGACGCGCAGCAAGGUGUUGCCCCAGGCAUGGACGAACCGGGCGCGCGGGAGCUGGACUGGGAAGCGUACGAGCGCCUUGUUGGCAUUGUCAAGCAUGAUUUGGACAGCCUCGAGUACAACAUUUACCACACGUGGAUGCUCGAGGUCAAGAAGAAGCUUGGCAAGAUGGUGAUUCCGGCGUUGAUCGAGUCGCAGUCUUUGCCCGGAUUCAUCACAUCGGAUGGCAGUGGCAGGAUGUUCUCACGCAUGAUCGGCAUGGGCGGCGGCAACAACCAGCCAGCUGCGAGCAUGGACGACAUUCUCAAUCUCCUCAACAAGGUCUGGAAGUGUCUCAAGAGCUACUACAUGGAGGAGAGCGUCAUGCAGCAAGUCGUCACGGAGCUGCUCAAGUUGAUCGGCACCAUCGCUUUCAAUGACCUCAUCAUGCGGCGUAACUUUUGCUCAUGGAAGCGAGCCAUGCAGAUCCAGUACAACAUUACUCGCAUCGAAGAGUGGUGCAAGGCCCACGACAUGCCCGAAGGGCUCCUUCAACUCGAGCAUCUCAUGCAGGCUACAAAGCUGCUGCAGUUGAAGAAGGCAACUCUCGGUGAUAUCGAGAUCCUGUUCGACGUCUGCUGGAUUCUCUCGCCGUCUCAGAUCCAGAAGCUGAUCUCGCAAUACCACAAUGCCGACUACGAAGCUCCGAUCUCCCCCGAUAUCCUCAAGGCGGUAGCUGCUCGCGUUCGCCCAGAGGACAAGAACGACCAGCUACUUUUGCAGACAGAGCAGGACGAGGUUGGGCCGUACCAGAUCCCACCGCCGCGUGAUAUUGCUGGCUUAGAGACUUAUGUCCCCGCCUGGCUCAACGUUCCCCUCAUUCGCCGUCUGGCGACGUUUGUUGCGUAA